GCUAAUGAACAAGAAGAAAGAGAAGAAGAAGACGAGCCCUCGGUGUAUCACGGAAGCGAGUUAUCCAGACAGAAUCGGGACGAGUUCAUCUGUCAAUUGCAGUCCGUUAGUUGUGUUAGGGAGCCCUGGCAAGAUGUGUCCCGGCUGCGUGCAGAAGGAAUACCCCAGCAGGGGACAUACCUGCUUAGAGAAUGGUUCUUUUCUACUAAAUUAUGUCGGUUGUGCAAAAUGCAAUCAGAGAGACUUUGUACUGAUCAACAACAAAAUGAUUGAGGAGGAAGAUGGAGAGGAAAUCAUCACAUACGAUCAUGUCUGUAAGAAUUGCCAUCACGUCAUUGCCAGACAUGAAUACACCUUCUCUGUUGUCGACGAUUAUCAGGAGUAUACAAUGCUUUGUCUGCUCUGUGGAAAAGCAGAAGACUCCAUCAGCAUCCUGCCAGAUGAUCCUCGACAAAUGGCUCCCCUCUUUUAAAAGCACGUGUGCACUGAUGAGCUCUUACCAGAAGACAUCCAUUUGAUGAAAAUAUUUUUAGACCUUUUCUCUGAGUUGUUAACCUAUUGUAUAUUUAGUAUGAACUGAAUUACUGUAGAGAAGUGAAUAGUAAAUGCUUUUACUACUGCAUAACAUAAUAAUAUCAAUUGUUUCAUAGAACUAACAAUUUAUUUUUAUUUCUUCAUUCAAACUGCUGUAACCUUUUAUCUGGGUAUUUACUUUCUAUUACAUUCACAGAAUAAAUAAUACAGUAUAUAUUUGCAAAAAUGAA